AGAAGGCUCUGACUGCUUCUGUACUGCUCCCCUUUUGCGCUAUCUGAAAAACAUUAAUUUGUCGAGACGAAUUGGUAAAAUUGAAUAAGACGGAGAAAAGCAAGCAUUCAAAGGUUGGUUGGUAGUGUGACCUCCCUGCUGCUGUCAUCAAAUGUGGGACUAGCUAGCCUGUCUUGCUGCAUUCUACACAGAUUCUGUCUCUGGAGAAAUUGGAGGGACACAAACGUUGGUAGUAACAGAUCUACCUCCUCUGAAUCCAGGGAAAUGUUUUGCCUUGGGGGGAAAAAACGAUUGCCUGAACAAAGGAAAGUCUCUGCCUCCCAUGUGGGGAAACUCAGCAAUAAGCUAAAAGCCAUCCUGAAGAAAAAGUACCAAAGUCCGCCAGGGGGGAAAACUGAGCAUCCAUUUUAUAUACAUUGUGAUCUCCACUAUCAAGCUGGUAAAAGUAGCAAGGAGAACCAACAUGAGUAUAUUCUAUCUGAGCCAGGCUACAGGAGAAGACAUCAAGGAACAUGUUCAUUCCUAAACUCCGAAGUCGAUGAGCCUAUCAGAACAGCUCUGACAAAGGGCAUCUCUGGUAUUGGCAAAACUAGCCAGGUGCGGAUGAUGAUUCUUAACUGGGCAGAGGGAAAAGGAAACCAGGAAGUCCAACUAAUAUUUCCCCUUCCUUUCCGAGAGCUGAAUUUGCUGAAGGAGAGACUGAGUCUGAUUGAACUUCUUUACGAGUUUUUCCCAGAAUUGAAAGAACCUGGAAUUUGCAACUUGGAGAACUGCAGAGUUGGGUUCUUCUUUGACGGGCUGGAUGAAUUCUGUCGUCCUCUCGACUUCAAGAACAGCCUGAUUGUGACCAAUGUCACAGAGGUUUCCUCUGUGCCGACACUGCUGACAAACCUCAUUAAUGGUAAUCUUCUUCCCUCUGCCGCUCACAUAUGGAUUACAUCCAGACCUGCAGCAGUCCAUCGCAUCCCUCUUCAGUACAUUGACAGAGUGUCAGAAAUCGAAGGCUUCACCGACUCCCAGAAAGAAGAGUUCUUCAGGAGAGCAAUCAAUGACAAGAACCAGGCCAAAGCAGUUAUCACCUACUUGAAGAACUCGAAGGGCCUCUACAACUUGUGCCAGAUACCUUGUAUCUGUUCAAUCUCAGCGUCAAUACUCGAGAAACAGACAUAUGUACCCGACAAAACAUGCGAACCUGUCGCACUAACUCCAUUAUUUAACGACCUACUUGUCCUGUUACAAAUGGGGAACCACAAUGUAAAGAUAGUUGAUGAAUUGGGGGAACUAGCCUUUAAGCAGUUGGUGAAAGGUAACACGGUUUUCUACGAGGAAGACCUAAGAGAGUGCAACAUUGAUGUCCAUGUGGCAGCUGUGUACGCAAAAGUGAUCAUACCCAUCUUCAGGGAGGAUAUUGGGCUGCAGGAAAAGAAGAUCUACUACUUUGGGCAUACCACCAUUCAGGAGUUCAUUGCCGCAUUGUGGUUUCUUCAAUCUGUUGGCGUCCAAGACAAAAACCAGGCUGUCAACCAGAAAACCCAGAUCGAGAGAACUCUCUGGUUUUUUAGAGAUGCCACCCAACUCAAGAGCGCGGUGGACAUGACUUUGCAGAGCAAGACUGGACAUAUGGACCUCUUCCUUCGCUUCCUCCUCGGCAUUGCUCAGAACUUUAACCAGAUGUUCUCAGAGGCUGGCUUCAUCUCGUCUACUGCCCUUCCGGAAAUGUUAGUGUACAUCAAGAAGAAGGUCUUGGAGAAUCCCGCUUCGCCGAGGACCCUCAACCUGCUGAACUGCCUGAGGGAACUGAAAGACUACUCUCUAGACAAUGAUAGUGUGCGCUUUCUCAAGACGGGAAUCCCCCCAGAUGCCAAAUACCCACCUGCACAUUGGUCCGACCUGGCCACUCUCUUAGUGGCAUCGGAGUCUGGGUCGAUAGACAUGCUUGGGUUGGAAGUAGAGAACAGAGGAGACAAGGAACUUCUGAGGAUGCUGCCAGUGAUCAAAGCUUCCCAGACAGCCACACUGUCGUAUCACAACCUGACUGAGAAAUCCUGUGAAUGUCUGGCCUCGGCGCUCACCUCAAAGGUGUCCAAUCUGAAAGCUCUGGACCUGAGUUUCAACACGCUGAAAGACUCAGGAGUGCAGCUGCUGGCGGCCGGCCUGGCCAAUCCACACUGCCGACUGGAGAGACUGAAACUGUCCGGCUGCAGGGUCAAACAGAAUGGCUUUGCAGCUUUGGCCAAAGCUCUCAAAUCCAACCCGUCGCACCUGCGAGAGCUGGAUAUGAGCGGCAAUGAACCGGAAGAAUCGGGGGUGUUUCAUCUUGUUGACGUACUAAAGGUUGUUAAGUGCGAACUGCAGAUCCUGAAGCUCUCAAACUGCAAGCUGGGCCUGGAGCUGAGUCACGCUCUGGCGGUGUUGCUGAUAGACAACCCCAGACACCUGCGAGAGCUGGACGUCAGCAUGAACGAUCUGGGAGACGCGGGGGUGGAGCUGCUUAUGGACAUACUGAAGUCAACCCAGAUAUACAAACUGGAGUUGUACUGUUGUCAGCUCACUGAGAAAUGCUGUGAGAACAUGUUUGGAUUUCUGGUGAACAUCCCCAGUCUGAGGGAGCUCAACCUGAGCAACAACAACCUGAAGGACGAGGGGGUCAAGAUGCUCUGUAAAGCCUUCGGACUGCCCGCCUGUCAAUUGGAGAAACUCAAUCUGGCGAGCUGUGGCUUCACGUCUGGAGGCUCUCCUUGGCUGGCUGGAGGGUUCACUUUCAGCCCCACCUUCCUCAAACAGCUGGAUAUGAGCAGGAACCACCUGGGCCACUCAGAUGUUGUCUCGUUUUUCCUGUUCCUCAAAACGAUACGCUUUUCACUGGAGACCCUACGACUGAGUGACUGUAAGAUGACGGAGCUAUGCUGUCCGGAGCUGGUCGAAGCUCUCCGCUCCAAUCUCACCAACCUGAAAGAGCUGGAUCUAUCUGGAAACGAACUGGGAGACAGCGGUGUAAAAACACUCUGCAUGGGACUGACCUCAACAACCUGUAAACUGGAGAGACUGUUUCUGAGAUGCUGUGGGAUCACAGCAGAGGGCUGCUCCUCCCUAGGCUUAGCCCUGAAGUCCAGCUGCUCCAAAAUCACAGAGCUGGGCCUGAUGGGAAACGACACGGGAGAAGAAGGACUGCGAAUUCUCUCCGGCAUCAGGGAUGACCCACACUACAAACUACAGACUCUAGAAAUAAACGAUUGAGAGUGGCCUUGCUCGCUGGAGGUGGUUCUCGGCUCGACCUUUUCCCACAUCUGGAGUGAAGUUAUUUAAUGAGGAACACUCUGGAGUGAAGCUACGAAACGAUUGGCUGACAAGUCUCGACACACCACUUUUAAAGUGCCUUACAGUAUCCUGGCUGCUCACACUUGAACAGAAGACCAGAGAGUAUUUACUUAGGAACAGAUAGUGAGGCUGAAAGGACACACACACUGUUACUAACUCCGUUCCUCUGGUCUUGCUGCAGUAUCAACCCAUUUAACCUUUGCAGAAGCUUUAUAGUAUGUUUUGCACAUUAGUAUGUAUACUAUAGAAUGUGUAGCCUUUGUAACAGGCGCCUCUGCUCCUCAGACACACGUGACCGGCCUCUUGACGACGUCUUAGCCAACUACGGUACCGAAAAGCUAUCAGUUUGGGGGAGUGAGGUUACGUUAUAGCGUCUCUGAGGGAGAAGGAUGUAAUGUUUUCUUUUUAACACUGGUACAGUCCCUUGGUAGCACAGUCUUUUUGUUUUUCAAGUUUUAUUUGAUUUCUCUUUGAAAGUGCUUUUUUUUAAUGAAGAUGACCAGACAUUUCGGGAAAUGUAUACAGUAGUACAACUCUUGGUUUAUUUACUAUUGUUGCGUACAAUGUACAUUUUACCCAAAUAUACCUAGCUACUUCUAUUGGUCAUGAUGCAUUUUUUUUUUUUAAGUACUAAUGGGAGGUUUAACUUAAGAAGAUUUCCAACUUUGGUCAUAUGUUUUAGGUCCGGUCUCCAAAUGUGUUUGCACCUACUGCAACAGUCUGGUCGACGCAGUAUUUCAAGUUAAACAAGUGCCUUUAGAGUAUUGUGAUUGUGAGGGACACAGUUCUCUACUAUUUGUCUCCUCUGCUGGUAUAUACAGUAUGUCUGUUUGAGUGUGCUUGUAUGUGUGUUCUAUUAUUGUGUUUGUGUGUAAAUGUAUACAAUCCUGUCUCAUGUUCAAAUUGUUACAAUGUUACACAUUGA